AUGAAAAGAGUGUAUAGAACUCUACCACCUUUCCCUCCUAACAAGACGCAGACUAAGCGAGAGUUAGAUAAAGCAAUCUGCAAGAAAGCAUUCGACAAGAUCACGUUGGAGAUGCCAUUGAGUGAUGCCAUAAAAGUAUCACCUUCAGUAAAAAAAUAUGUAAAAGACAUGGUAUCCAACAGCUUUCCAGCCGCUGAGCGUAGUGUCAUGAUGGUUUCAGAGGAAGUAAGUGCAAUAAUCCAAGGCGAAACUUCGAUCAAGAGACCCGAUCCGGGCAGCUUUGUUUUGGAUUGCAACAUACGGAACAAAAGCUUUCCUCGAUCUCUUUGUGACUUAGGUUCCAGCGUGAACCUCAUGCCGCACUCUGUUGCGAUAUCACUUGGAUACGACAAGUUCAAACCUACCAAAAUAACUCUGGUUCUGGCCGAUAGAUCCGUUAGAUUACCUGAGGGAGUGCUUGACGACGUGCCGAUAAGGAUUAAUGACUGUCAAGUCCCAACGGAUUUCGUGAUGCUGAAAUACCGAAAUAAACAACAGGAUCCCCUCAUUUUAGGUAGACCGUUUCUAGCUACAGCAGGUGCGAUAAUCGAUGUCCAGGAGGGUAGAAUAAGUCUAAACAUUGGAAACAUUCUGAUGACCUUUGACAUGGAUAAGCUGAUAAGACGACCUUUAAUCGAUAAAUAG